CGCACAUCGCACUUCUUCAGACGUCUACACGUAGCGGACACGGUUCAGCUCGCUAGCGCAGGGAAGUAAAUAAUCUUUGACCAAAAGCGUCUCUGGAUUAAAUAAAGUAAUGAGGUAGGGAGUCGCACAUUUAAUUAUACCUUCCUUGAUUGGAACAGACUGGCACGGCAAAAUGGAUCAGGAUUUUGAAGAAAUGGACUCAGAGGGCCGCUGGCAAAAACUGUAUCUAGAAAUCAGGACUCAGUCUCAUGAGUGCUCCUACAAAGUGGCAAAAUAUCCAGAGAAUCGCAAUCGCAACAGAUACAGAGAUGUCAGUCCAUUUGAUCACAGUCGGGUGAAGCUGGAGAACACAGAAAACGACUACAUCAACGCUAGUCUGGUUGUGAUGGAAGAAGCCCAGAGAAGUUACAUAUUGACUCAGGGCCCUCUCAGGAACACCUGCGGCCAUUUUUGGCUCAUGAUCUGGGAGCAGAAGACCAAAGCAGUGAUAAUGCUCAACAGAGUCAUAGAGAAAGGCUCGGAACAAUGUGCACAGUACUGGCCAACAGCUGAGGAGAAGGAACUGGCCUUCAGAGACACGCGUUUCUUGAUCAAACUACUGUCAGAAGACAUCAAGUCUUAUUACACCACCAGAGUGUUGGAGUUGCAGAAUAUAAAUACAGGGGAGAAAAGAAACAUCUACCACUUUCAUUACACCACUUGGCCUGACUUUGGUGUCCCAGAGUCUCCAGCAUCCUUCCUGAACUUCCUCUUUGAAGUGCGAGAGUCGGGUGCUUUGGGGGUCGAUCACGGGCCAGCCGUGGUGCACUGCAGUGCUGGAAUUGGACGAUCAGGAACGUUCUCAUUAGUUGAUACGUGUCUGGUUCUGAUGGAUAAGAGGAAGGAUCCUUCCUCAGUGGACAUUAAAAGCAUCCUUUUGGACAUGAGGAAGUACCGCAUGGGCCUCAUACAGACCCCUGACCAGCUGCGCUUUUCCUACAUGGCUGUGCUUGAAGGAGCCAGGCACAACAAAGACAACUCCUCUUCACAGAAGCCGUGGCGGGAGUUGUCGAAUGAUAACCAUGAGCCAAUAUCGGACUCUUCGCAUUCAAAGCAGCCUCAAGCCAAAUGUCCCUCAGAGCGAUACAACGGCAGCCAAAAGGCUGGGCAACAGGGAGAGGCAGGAGACUACAAGCAAGAUGGAAAAAUAUCCACUCAGACCUCCAGCAAGGAACAGGAGCUGGACAGCAGCACAACAAACAAGCGACGCAGAGAAGACAGUUUCUCCAAAUCAGGUACAGCCAAGAUGACCCAAAGCAAGAACAGGACAAGUGACUCAGAAAAGAAGAGAAAAAGGAUGAAAACUGGUGACUGCUAACCAUCUGCAGCCACUAGACCACUACUCUGGCGUCAAGGCCAACAUCGGCAGGGAAUUCCAGCUCUGUUCUCCUCCCUUAGUCCCACACAAACUCGGCCAGGUGUCUUCUUAAUUUUGUUCCAGCCCAACUGACAUAUUGUACACCUCCUCAGCCUGAUUUUUACCACCCAGAAACAGCAGUGCAUCAUCAACAAAUACACCAGCUCUUUUCUCAUCCAGCCUGUUACACUUCAUGGGUUUUUUUUUUUAUAUAUUAUUUGCAGCUUUGUUAUCCUCUGCUUUUUUUUUUUUUUUUUUUUGACAUUUAUCAACUUAAGACUGAAUACCGGCUGUGCACCACUAAUUUUUAAUGCUGUUCAUAUUUCGUAUUUUUUUUAGGAAACCUUUUUCAGAGGCAAAAAUAAAAUGUAUUUUUUAUAAGAGAUACUUGAAGUUUUUCACAGUGAUGGAGGGUUGGUUACACCAAGGCCUCCUCCCACAUAAAUUCAGUGGCAUGUAUUGUUUCCAAUGAUGUACAUAGUGUUGUACUUCAAAGAUGUGUGUAAAGACAUUUUUUUGCUUGUUAAAAAAAAAAUGUUGUGGAUUUGAAUCAUUGGACACCUGAUCUGACGACAUAUCCUCCUUUGGAAACGAAUGUCUUAAGUUUCUGUUUCACCUACAGUGUAAUCUACAAAUAAAUCUUUUCUAGUUCAUGUAUCUU